AUGCUAAAACGUCAUGAUGGCAAAGAGAGUGAUGGCAAAAUGAGUUUUCAUGGUUUGAAUGGUUUGCAUGCUUCUACUUUUCCAGUUUAUUCUGCCUUCAAAUCUAACAUGUCUGGUAAAACAAAAGGCAUUAAUGUUAUUAUUGAUUCUAAGGUUAAGAAAGAAGUUGAAGGUGGUGUUGGGAAUUUUGUUGAACUUCUUAAUUUUAGAGUGCGUGCUGGGGACAAGGUGUUAGAGGACCAUCUGAAUUCAUGUGGUAGGAAUCAGACGUAUAUUUCUAAAACUUCCCAGAACAAGCUUAUUAAAUGCUGUGGUGAAGUAAUAACAGAUAAAAUCAUUUCUGACUUAAAAGCAAGCAGGUUCUACUCUGUAAUUGCUGAUGAGGCUCGAGACAUCUCAAAUACUGAACAGAUGUCUCUUGUUUUGCGUUUUAUCGACCAAAAUAUGGAUAUUAGGGAGGAGUUUGUUGGAUUUCUUCCUUGUAAAUGGGGCUUAAAAGGUGAGCAGCUUGCUAAGGUUGUUCUUGAUGCUUUAGGCAACCUUGGUCUUUCUAUUGCUGAUUGUAGAGGACAGGGAUAUGAUGGGGCAGGUGCUGUUGCUGGUCAUAUUAAUGGGAUGGCUGCUCAUUUGCGUCGUUUGAAUGAUAAGGCUCUUUUUACCCAUUGCUACAGCCACAGAUUAAAUUUAGCGAUUUCCGGUAGGAAAAAGAAAUUAAUAGAUGUGUGUCGAACUAGGUGGGUUGAGAGAAUCGACGGCUUAGAUACUUUCCAGCAGCUUCUUAUUCCUGUUUUUAAAACGUUGAGAGAAAUGAAGAAAAAUGUAGAUAAAGAUCACAGUCUCAAUGUUUCUUCGGAUGCCUCUGAACUUCUUGAUCUUUUGGAAAAGUUUGAUUUUGUUGUUGCCCUGGUUAUUUGUAGAAAUGUGUUUGAUUCUACAAUUGGUGUUACUCAGCUUCUUCAAGGGAAGAGUAUUGACAUUAUGGAUGGUUUACAUCUUAUUACAUCGUUGAAAACUUUUGUUGUUAAUGUUAGGAAUUCCAUUGAUAAGUAUCACGAUACAUGGUAUGAAGAGUCUCUCGCACUGGCUCGAGAAUUAGAUAUUGAUGAAGCAAAGCCAAGGACAGUGGGAAGACAGACAACACGAGCUAAUGUCCCCUAUAAAACUACAUCUGAGUACUAUAAAAGAAUUUUUUCUAUUCCACUUGUUGACCACCUAAACUCUGCGUUGAAAGCUCGUUUCAAUACUGAUAGCGUUAAUGUGUACAAUGGGCUUAGCAUUGUACCAUAUAAAAUGAUUUCUCUUCUUAACAAUGGCAUGAAUUGGAAAGAAAAAUUCAAAGUUGUUUCCAAUUUUUAUCACGAUGACCUACCCAAUCCAUUGGCUUUGGACUCAGAGAUUUUGCUUUGGGAAACUUAUUGGGUUGAUUACGAAGGAACCAUUCCAGACUCAAUUUCAGCAACUUUAAAAGCUUUAAAAUUUGAAGGCUUUGAAAACAUCAAAAUUAUUCUUCGUAUUCUUGGAACCCUUACUAUCACAUCUUGCGAAUGCGAACGCUCUUUCUCAGUUUUGCGCGAACUGAAAAAUUAUAAGCGAAGUACGAUGGUUUCAGAGCGUCUAAACGGUUUGGCCAUGAUGAGAGUUCAUCAAGAAAUUGUGCCCGAAACGUCAGAAGUUAUCGACAGAUUUGCUAUGGAUAACACAAGAUUAAAGUUCGUAUAG